AUGGAGUUAUGGAAACAAUCUAUUUCAAUUCUUGAAGAAAAUGUUGAAGAAAAGAGUCAGGCUGUGGAAGAAUUGCUCCAGAGUUCAUCGGGUGAUCAUACCUGGAUCCAAGUACAGUAUACCCCUGCUCAACUUUUAAAAAGACCAAGGUUUUGUAAUGUUUGUAGAGAGAAACUAUCAGGGUUUCCACAGCAUGGCUGGGGAUGCGAUGUCUGCAAAGUCAAAACUCACAAGAAAUGUAUGAAGUUAGUUAAAGAUAAAUGUAAAUGGUCAGUAGAAGGUUCUAUUCCUCACCAUUUGCAAUAUAUUAGUCCAGAGAAUUCUAUUAUGCCUCAUCAAUGGGUAGAGGGCAAUCUAUCCCCAUCAGCUCGAUGUGCAGUUUGCGAGAAGUACUGUGGUUCUGCAACAAAGCUACAGGACUGGAGAUGCAUCUGGUGUGCUCAAGCUGUCCACGAUGGUUGUUUGGGUCAACUUGGUCGUGGUUGCAAUUUAGGAGCUAUAUCUCUCUCUGCCGUCCCACCCUUGUCCUUGCGAGAAGUGUCACCCUGUGGAGAAUUCAAAUUCAGAGCAGAUGCUAUUGGUGGAGAUUUCGGAGGAGGGAGUCCUCUUUUAGUGUUGGUGAAUUCAAAAUCGGGUGAUAAUCAAGGACAACGUAUGAUACGGAAGUUCAAACGUCUUUUGAACCCUGUACAAGUUUUUGAUAUCAUUGCGACGGGUCCUGAAUUUUCUUUGACUUUGUUCUCAUCAUUGGAUAGUUUCCGGGUUUUAGUUUGCGGUGGUGACGGCACCGUUGGCUGGGUGUUGAGUACUUUCGAUCGCUUGGACUUGCACAGGAAGUGUCAAUUGGCUGUUCUUCCUUUGGGAACAGGAAAUGAUUUAGCACGAGUUUUAGGAUGGGGUCAUGCUUUCUAUAAUGUGCAUGAACUUCCUUCUCUUCUUCAAGAUUUUGAAAGAGCGCCAACUCGUAUGCUGGACAGGUGGAGUGUGCUUGGUAUUGAGGGACCGCCUGCGGAUAUAAUAAAGCAUUAUGAACAUACUGUGACCAGCAAGGUCAGAAUAGUGAUGGAGGCAGAAGAACCGCAUGAAAUUAUUAAAGCCGUCAAAUCACUAUGUAUAACAGUCAGAGAGUUGAUGGAAGGUGUGGCUGCUACGUAUUCACAAGUUGAACAAUGGGAAAGAGAAGAUGGCACCCCUACAAGUGAUGCAGUCACUGAUAAAUGUGUUGUUCUUCUAGCGAAGUUGGACAAUUUGAUGAAAAGUCUCGAAAAGGAUGAUUCUUCUCUUCAAGAAGAAAGCGGUUUAGAACCAGAAGAUGACGAAAAUUGGAAGGUGGAAGAGAAGAGGAGGCGGGAUUCUCUUGUUGGUCGAGCUAAUAGCCUUAAAAAAGCGUUGAAAGAUAUUAUGACUGUAGCGGAGAGGGGAAUAGAUCAGCACUAUCGGGACAGUGCCGCGGCAUCAAAACGAGCCAAGUUUCGAACAAAACGUAGUAAAACUACUCCUUCUGUUCUGAAAAUAUCCUCCUCCAACUUGUCUCUAUCUUCAGUUUGUAGUCCUCCUGCUUCACCGUCUCCCAAUGUUGAUAAAUUGGCGGUUGCAGAUGGAUGGAUGACAGACUUGAGUCAAACUAGUGGUUACGGAAUUUCUCCAUCACAUUCUUCGAACCCUGGCUUAUCUAUAGUUGGAUCUACUGGUUUAAGAGAACCAUCUUCGAAUAGUAGUGUUCCUGACAAUGACUCUGUGGAUCGUGACGCUCUGAAUAGUCCAUGUAUCGGACAUGUGCAACCUCCUACUCCUGGAGGCACUCGAGAGCAGUCUGCGGUCGGAGAGCCUGAUCGGCCGAACCCUGAUGAUCGCCUUUUUAAACCUCAUUCUGAAUGUCAGUUAUAUUCUGGGAACCCCUCGGAUAUAAAGCUCAGCCAUUCCGAUAGCAGUAUAUACGAGCAUGCGGAAAAAUCCUCCAAAAUGAGAAGCAGCAAUUGGAGUAGAAUGAUUAAGGAUAAGAAAAGAACAAGCGCAGUGGAGCAGUCUAAUAAAAAAGCUAUGUUACCUUAUGCUUUUACCGGUGGAUCCCUUAUUGCUGAAGUACUACUUCUGAAUGCUCGCGUUUUAGGGAUGGCUGCAGGUACACGCGAUUUUCAAACGCCGCUAGACAAAUACAAAGAGCUCAAAACUAUGAAUAAUUAUUUUGGAAUCGGGUUAGAUGCAAAAAUUGCUCUUGACUUUCAUAACAAGAGAGAAGGUUCUGAUAAGACAAGGAGUCGUUCGAAAUUGUUUCUCUGGUAUGGCAUGUUAGGAGGCAGGGAAUUGAUGCACAGAACGUAUCGAAAUUUGGAUCAAAGAAUAAGAUUAGAAUGCGAUGGUCAACCGAUAGAUCUACCAUCAUUGCAAGGAAUUGUUAUCUUGAACAUCCCAUCGUAUUCUGGCGGAGCCAACUUUUGGGGAACAUCAAAAGAAGAUGGGUUUGUUGCUCAAAGUUUUGACGACAGGCUAUUGGAGGUUGUUGCCCUAUUUGGAGUGAUUCAUGUAGCUACAAGCCGAGUACCAAACGUUGUGAGACUUCAGAACCACCGAAUUGCUCAGUGUCGUCAUGUUCGUAUUGUUAUUCUGGGUAAUGAACCGAUUCCAGUACAGGUGGAUGGUGAGCCAUGGAUGCAACCUCCGGGAAUACUUCAAAUUGUCCACAAGAACCGUGCUCAGCUUCUAGUUAGAAACCCUGAGUUUGAUGCUACUUUGAAGAAAUGGGAAGAACAAAAAGAAAGAUCAACUGCACCUUCAACGCCUACUGCAAUUGGUGCUGAAGAUGUUCCCUUUUCUCGAAGAGCAGCGGAGUUUCUUCGUCUAGUAGAAAGCCCUAGAAACUGCAACAGCAGCUGUGAGAACUGCAGACGAAACAGUUAG